GUGCAAGCAAAGAUUACACACACCUCUGAUUUGUUUGUAACCGGGCUAAUGAAUCAGCUCAUCAUGGAGCCCAGGCAUUUAUCAUAUUAAAUAUAAAUAAUAGCUUUGCAGUAGUAUUGUUCUACUGUUGAAGACUGAGAAAAAAAAACAUUGCCUCAGAUUCCUGUUGCUGACCAAAAGCAUGGAGCCUUAUGGAGCCUUGUGUACCCUACUGCUAUUGUAGCUCAUCCACUUCAGAGCUCCAGGUGCUGUGUUUUUCUGCUGACCACAGAUGCACAUUGAGACCCCAAUGAUGAGUUAUGCUGAAAAGCCCGAGGAAAUAACUCGUGAGGAAUGGAUGGAAAAGCUCAACAAUGUCCACGUUCAGCGGGCGGACAUGAAUCGGCUCAUCAUGAAUUAUCUGGUGACAGAGGGUUUUAAGGAGGCAGCAGAGAAAUUCAGACUGGAAUCAGGAAUCGAGCCAAGCGUCGACCUGGAUUCACUAGAUGAGAGGAUAAAGAUCAGAGAGAUGAUACUGAAGGGCCAGAUUCAAGAGGCCAUUGCACUGAUCAACAGUCUGCAUCCUGAACUUUUAGAUACUAAUCGCUACCUAUACUUCCAUCUCCAGCAGCAGCACCUGAUUGAGUUGAUUCGCCUGCGGGAGACGGAGGCGGCGCUGGAGUUUGCGCAGACGCAGCUGGCUGAGCAGGGCGAGGAGAGUAGAGAGUGUCUGUCUGAGAUGGAGCGCACACUGGCACUCCUGGCCUUCGAUAACCCUGAGGAGUCACCGUUUGGAGAUCUGCUCAACAUGAUGCAAAGACAGAAGGUGUGGAGUGAAGUAAACCAAGCUGUCCUGGACUACGAGAACCGAGAGUCGACACCAAAACUGGCAAAACUCCUAAAACUUCUGCUCUGGGCUCAGAAUGAACUGGACCAGAAGAAGGUCAAGUACCCUAAAAUGACUGAUCUGAGCAAGGGCAUUAUCGAGGACCCCAAAUAGAAAGGAACACAAGUGCUGCUCAGAUUUAACGCUGGGUGGGAAACAGAAUGGACAUUUUUGCCUCCCCUUUCACUAUUUAUAUUCAGUCAGUGACUGAUUUUUUUUUUCUUCUGUUUAACAUACUUCUAUUUGCUAUUGCUUAUCAGAGACUUUUUGCAUUAAAUGGGUCGUGCAAAUGGGAAUGUUUGUAUUUAAGAUCUGAUUCAUAGCCAAAACAGGAACACUUUUGAACACUGACACAUCUGUUCUGAUUUUGUUACCUCUGUACUUGACACAGUGAAUUGAAUCGACUUUUAACCAUUGUGUUUUGAAGAGAAUUGUUGUUCUGUCUACUUUGUCAAGAUCAUCUUUGUUUUACGGCAGAUCAUCCUUACGUGUCAGUUAAACGUAACAUUCAGGUUUUCCUACCUCAUUCUUGGAUCUCUGUCCACUCGAGCGUGAAUCAUCGCAACGGGACUGAUGAAACAGACAACGGUGGAACUUUGUUUCUGUAACUUUAUUUGCAGUGCAAAGGACUGUAAUUAGCAAAAAAAAAAAAAGACUAACAAAAUGUAUUAGAGAGUAUUCUGGAGGAUCAUCUGCUCUGUAAAUAUCUCUCAUUUCAUUGCCUUCUAUUUUCCCUGCUCACAUUGUAUAUUAUGAAGAGUUCAGUAAGGUCUCGGAUGCUUUAAAUAAGUAUUAAAUCUUUUUUUUUUUUUU